AUGGCUUUCAGAUUUCCUGAUCCACGACUACGAGUCGAAGACGAAUAUUUAACAGGCGCCACCGCCAAAGGGCCCAUCGCCCGUACAACAACCAACUCGAACCCCAGCACUGCACGAGAAAGCCCCCCCAAUGGAAUCCCCUCGAUCGAUGUUCCCGCAUACAGCGAGGCUAUAGAUUCACAGGCUGCGCCAUCACCGAAGCGCAAAAACAUUGUCUUUGCGGACCCCAACGCCUUGAAAUUACUUGAAGGAAGUAGCAAUGUUAUCGUCCUUGAGCGUCGAGGUGUUCUACGCGGAUACGAGUGCUAUCUAGUCGAGCAAUGGGCGUGCUCUCGAAAGCCACCGACCCUAUCGAUCGUUACUUAUACUGGAGAUGAGAAACACUCAGUCGUUGUCAGUGUACUCUCUGUGCCGGUGGACGAGAACCUUUGGCCUUCGAGAUUAAAAUUCUAUUUCGAUCAACUACAAGAUUCUCAUGCGCGACCCAAAGAGACUGAGCUGGGAGAACUCAUGGUGACCAACCUGAGCAAUUUCCCUUCAGCUCUCACCGUAAUUAUGGUGCCUGAGGGUGAUAUCAAGAAAUAUCGCUCCUCUUUCAUCGUCAAUGAGGAUUUGAAACGCUUGGGGUGCUCUGGACGAUCCGGCAUGACUCUUUCAGAUCCUACUGAAGCAACGCAACUCAAGUUUUUGCAACUUUACAAAACGAGUGACCGGGUACCUGUUACCCAGGCUGUUCUUGAACUCGUCAAACUGUGUCAAGUUACAUUAUACAUGUUUGACAAGUUAGGUCAUGAAUUCAUUGAUGGUUUGCUUUGCGACAAGACAGAAAUGGCCAUCAACAACUGGUGGAUCGAGGUUGGUGCUGAGCACUACAACUUUGAGCCUACAGAUGGUAUAUUAGGUCCUAGUACAGUGGCUGCUCUGCUGGGAAUGUUCUUGGGUGUCCGAAAUCGACUUCACUGGUACGGUGCACCUGUAUCGAAAGAUGCAUUUGACCUUGAAAAUACUAAGCGUGGUAUCGGUCAUUUCCAAAAGUCGCAGAAACUCGAGAAGACAAGAAGGUUGGACCGCCAAACCCUUCUUAAAUUGUAUGCUGUAUCUGCCAAGGCUGCUUCUGGCGAAAGCUGGGGUGUGCAGAGGGCUGUCAAAUCCACUCUUACAGAAGUAGGAGGCAAAAGGGGUGAGCUCGUCAUGGGCAUUGUAUCUGGCAAAGACAAAGGAGGACUGGCCGAUAUUGAGACCCUUGACAUUGGUACAUUCGCAAACCUUGCAUAUGGUGAGCGAGCCAAAUGGCUUUGGCACGGCAAGCCUCGAAGAACUCUCGCAGAGAUGCCUAAUCAUAGUCCUGAACUGAACAAGGCGGUGCCUUGGAAAGAGGACGAGUCAAAUCCAAACUCUAAACGAGUCUAUUCUGCUCCUGCAGAGAUCGAACUGGACUCCAAGCGACUCGAAGAUAGCUCUGAUGUUUAUGCGACUCGUCCACCUGAGUCUACCGUUAGUAUCGGUGAUGGCUCAGGCGAUAAAGAGGCUUCAAAGAAGAAUGUGUUCAAGAGUGUUGCUGGAAAGAUGAGCGAUGCCAGGUCUGGCUUCGGGCGCAUCAAAGAUGCUGUUGGGGGAGGCCUGCGUGGUCAUACUAAUCGGCCUUCAAUUUCGACCAAAGAUGACUUUAUAGGAUCUGACCCUAGAACCUCUAGUUCAGGGCUCGCUCCUCCAGGGACGACACAGCCACCCGCGCCUACGCAAGGAAUAGGCAGGGCGUUUACAUGGAAUAACAAACCACAAGAGUAUCUUGCUGCUAUGAAACGAGCAGAUGCGGAAGGGGGGUCGACUUUCCCCCAGCUCUCACACUUUGCAUCCACUUCAACAAUCGACAUCAAGCCAGCUUCAGCUCCUAUCGACCCUCACAAGAUGGAAGGUGAACUUUCUGAUAUGGGUGUCGAGGUGCGGAAGGAUGUCCUAUCGAAGGCGCCUUCGGCUGUUGGGUCUCUCGUAGACGAGAGCGACCUCCAAGGGCCAGUUUUGGAGGCAGAACUCAAGGACAACCAUUUCAAGAAGGGCCUUUCACGUAGGCACAGUAUCCAUUUAUUACGUUGCCCAACUAAGCGUACGCUCAAUGAGAAUCGCUGGCCGCGACGAAUGUCGUUCAGUGAUGCGGAGGAGGCUGUAUUGGAAUGGGAGCCGUUGAUUGAUGUUACCGACGCUAUGGACGACUUUGCCACCGUCGAAGCAUUUAACUAUUUGGCUCACCACUUUCAUCAGCGCAUGGAGGAGAUGAAGCAUGGUAUCGAGCCAUGGGUCGCUGAGAAGAUCAAGGCGGUCGAACUUCUUGAUGACCGUUUUGCCAAGGAUAAGGAGGAGCUUCAUGCCCUUUAUUACCAGCUCAAUGAGGCGUGUCAGCGCAUGCGCAUUAGCUCUCAUGAGCUUCUAGCCGAGGAACGAUCUCACCUAAUGGAGGGCCUCAAAGAUGUCGAGGUCCUCGUCGCUCGUCUUGACUACGAGAUCAAUGCACUGCUGCAGAAGGUCGUCGAUGUUGAAGAUGGCAUCGUCACCUUUGAAAGGCAGGUUGAGGAUAUGGAGAAACGGGCCCAAGAUCUCAAGGUGCAUCUCGAGACUGAAGGUUGGUUUCACUGGUUGUUUAGAACAAUCACCGGGAUCGGAACUGGGCCUGAUAUUACACGGUCCCCCUCUUAA